CGGGCGCGCGCCGGGGAGAGCCGUGCACGCCGAGAAACUGACACCCGGACCCCCCACUUCUCCUGCGCGCCGCUCUCUGCCAGUCAGCGCGCCUUUAAGCAAUUUCCUGAGCCCAGGAAUAGCAAUGAGUCGGAAGACUUUCGCGAGCUGAAAUUGGGAGCUCCAAGCACUUUUACCCCCAGGUUUAUGUUUUUUUUUUAAUUUUUUUUAACCUCUUCCUGGAGAAAAGUGGGGGGGGGCGCUACAAUUUGGAAACUGCCUUUUUUUUUUAUCUUGCACUUUGAAACCGCGGGACUGUAGCGGAGCGCGCGCGUGUGGUUAGUGCCUUUUUUUUUUUUUUCUUGCCUUGCCUAAACUCCUCUGUCAGUCUGUAAACAUUACCUGUGAAUUCCUUUGCCGAAGCGGCAGCCGGGGCAAGAAACUUCUUGUUAGAACUUUUCACCUCCCGCUUCCCCUCUUACAGUCCCAACGCUUUCUUUCCUCCACGGGAGAGGUUUUUUUUUCUUUCUUUCUUUCUUUUUCUUUAUCCCCCCCCCCCCACCACCACACACACUUUGUCUCACCCAGUGUUUUACAUCUGGGAAGGGGUCAUUUCAAGAGUGGCCAGGUGGGACGCUUCUCCUUUCUUUAUUUGGUUUAUUUAUUAUUGUUGGGGGCGUUUUCUUUUUUUAAUUCCUGUUUUGCUCGGUCGGGGGAGUUUCGGCCCCCCUCCCCCUGUGCCCGGCUCCGCCGCGCGGAGGAUGGUGUGGAAAUGGCUAGGCGCGCUGCUGGUGCUCCCUCUGCAAAUGACUUAUCUGGUGGCCAAAGCCGCCGUGGGACUAGUGCUGCCUCCCAAGCUGCGGGACCUGUCGCGGGAGAGCGUCCUCGUCACCGGCGGAGGGAGAGGCAUCGGGCGCCACCUCGCUCGGGAGUUUGCAGAGCGCGGCGCCAGAAAGGCAGACUUCUCUGCCCUGGGGCUGCUUACACUGUCCCUCAGUGGAAAUUUCUAGAAGACCCAGGCCUACCUGUGCCAGCCACACCUCCAGGUCUAGUCCUACCGACCUUAUCACGUCAUUCGCUGACAUCCACGGACACGCAGGCAAAAAGGAGGAAUGAGUCUUUGGAGCCAAACCUUUCUACUCGGAGUUAGUAGUUCACAGAGACAGAAUAGCCAACCAAAGUGGUCCAGCAGGUCAUCGAUAGACCUUCCAGAAA